AUGUUUGACUCUCCUAAACAACUUGCUAAGCAUUUGCGGCGGUCAAUAUUUCCUCAAAAAUCGUCUAUCAUCCUGUCCACUCCUCGAUGGCGCAUUUUUUGGUCUGUAUUACUCCCUCCAUCUAGUUACACGGUUUGGUUUCGAGCAAUUCAUCGUAAACUUCCCACCAAAAAGUUACUACACUUCCUUCUUCUUAAUCUACAUGACAGUUCUCGUUGUAUCCAUUGUUUGACUCAAGAACACUUUUUGGUCCUAUGCCCUAAAAAACAGGAUAUUUGGGUCAAUACGCUUAAUUUCUUUUCCCCCAAUAACUCGUUCCCACCUCAACAAAUAAUCAACACUAUUCUCCAACUUCAUUGUCCUCUCUGGUUAACAAGGUCGCCUACUGCGCCUUCUAUUUCUGUGGGUAGUAUUCUAUUUGGUAUCUGGAAAGCCCACUGGCAGACUAUUUUUGAUGAAACUCCUUUUGUCAGUUCUGUCAUUGUCAAGUCUUGUAAGACGCUCAUUUGGCAGCCCCACCAUCAAAAUACGUAA